AGUAGGACAACUGUGUGCCCUCUGUAUCUGCACAACAUGUAUAAAGUUGUGUCCUGUGUAAGUGGCCGUUGCGCAGUUUUAACAGGACAGUCCUUUCUCCCCGGUUUGGCCAAAUUCCACUUGGCAAGUGGUGCGUUAUGUCAGAAAUCAGCCAUCAGAUACCCUCCCACAGACAUCCCAGAGAUGCCCCCAUGCAAUUUCAAACCAGAGGAAUACAAGGGUAUGUCCAAAGAGCGGAUGAUGGAGAUCCGCAAACUGAACUGCAACCCUAUGACCAUGAAGGUUACCUACUAUAAGAAACCAGUGUUCAUCCACCAGGGAUACAUGCAGUGGCUGUGGGAUGUGGAUGGGAGGCGAUAUCUGGAUCUAUUUGCCGGCGUAGCUACUGUCAGUGUCGGUCAUUGCCACCCGAAAGUAACAGCAGCCGCAGAGCAGCAGAUGAAGAGACUGUGGCAUACUACUAACAUCUACGUCUAUCCUCCUCUCCAUGAGUAUUGUGAGAAACUAGCUUCCUACUUGCCAGAUCCCCUUAAGGUGGUAUAUCUGACCAACAGCGGCUCAGAGGCCAACGACCUGGCUAUGUUGAUGGCUCGACUCCACACAGGCAACUUUGACAUCAUCACUUUCAGAGGAUCAUACCACGGUGGCAGCCCACAGACCAUGGGUCUUACUUCCAAUGCAGCAUAUAAAUAUCCCAUCGCCAAUGGUUUAGGCUGCACGAAUACCAUGUGUCCUGAUGUGUUCAGAGGUCCGUGGGGAGGAAGCCACUGCAGAGACUCUCCUGUUCAGACCAUCAGAGAAUGUAGCUGUGCCCAAGGUCAUUGCAUGGCAAAUGAACAAUACAUCGGACAGCUCAAAGAGACAUUUGCUACUAGUGUCCCGAGUCGAAUUGCUGCUUUCUUUGGGGAGCCCAUUCAGGGAGUCGGAGGAGCUGUGCAGUACCCUAAGAACUACCUCAAGGAGGCUUAUCAACUUGUGAGAGACAGAGGAGGACUCUGCAUUGCUGAUGAGGUGCAGACUGGAUUUGGGCGAACAGGAAGCCACUUCUGGGGUUUCCAAGGUCAUGAUGUCAUUCCUGAUAUGGUUACAAUGGCAAAAGGCAUUGGUAAUGGAUUCCCAAUGGGAGCUGUUGUUACAACACCAGAAAUUGCUGCCUCAUUUGCCAAGGGGGUUCACUUCAACACCUUUGGUGGAAAUCCUGUGGCUUGUGCAGUUGCUUCAUCAGUGCUCGAUACUAUCAAAGAGAACGGUACGCAGCAGAUCAGUCUUGAUGUGGGCACCUAUCUGAUGACAGAGCUGGCCAAACUCAGAGACAAGUAUGAGAUCAUCGGUGAUGUCCGUGGAAAAGGCCUGCAGAUCGGUGUGGAGAUGGUCAAAGACAAGGCCAGCAGAGACCUACUGCCUCCGGAGGCAAUGAAUGAGAUCUUUGAGAACGUCAAGGACAUGGGAGUCCUGAUAGGGAAAGGAGGAGUAUACGGACAGACCUUCCGUAUUAAACCCCCCAUGUGCAUCACAAUGGAAGAUGCAGAUUUCUUCCUGGCAGUUUUUAACAAGGCCAUCCACAACUACAUGGAAAGAAGAUGAAAGUCAUUUUGACCUUUUGAUUAAGAGUACUUAUGUUAUUACCUUUGCAUAGCCAUUGUAAAAGGGAACUUUUUAAACUAUUUAAUCAUGUUGUAAUUACAGAGACUAAUUUAUUAACUCAUUAAUGAAGAAAAGAUAUUGUACAGUACAUUUCUAACAACUCACUUGAAGUUCAUGUUGCCUUUUUUGGAUCUACAGAAUCAUGCUUUCUUGAUGAAUGUAAUAAUAAUGAAUCUGUGAGC